AUGGCCUUUGCCCACCCUCUCAAGAAAUUACUGGAAGAAGUGGUCUGUCCCAUCUGUCUGGAUUUUUUCAACGAUCCAGUAAGCAUAGACUGUGGACACAACUUCUGCCGAUUUUGUAUCACAGAAUACUAUGACAAGUGGGAAAUUGAAGAAAAGGGAGUUUUCUGUCCACAGUGCAGGAAAAAAUUCAGGAAAGAGAAAUGCAAGACCAACUGGCAGCUUGCCAGCAUGGUAGAAAAUAUCAAACAAUUAGGGAUAAGACCUGAAAACCUGAAAAAGCAGAUAGUCUGCAGGCAGCACAAGGACACACUAAAGCUGUUCUGUGAAGAUGAUGUUGGUGUGGUUUGUGACAAAACCCAGGAGCACAGAUCUCACACUCUGGUUCCCAUCGAGGAGGCUGCUGAGGAUUACAAGGUGAAACUCCAAAAAGACAUUGAGCUUCUGAAGAAAGCGAUGGAGGAGAUUUCAAAGCUGGAAUCCAGAGAGCGGAAUAAACCACAAGACUGGAAAGAAAGAGUAAAGUGUCAGAGACAGCGAAUCUUGUCGGAAUUUGAAAAACUACAACUGUUGGUGAAUGAAAAAAAGAAACACUUUCUCCAAAGACUGGAGGAGGAGGAGGAGACUCUGCAGAGGCUAAAUAAAAAUAUAGCCAAACUCUCCCAGCAAAGCUCCUCUCUGAAGAAGCUGUUCACAGAGAUAGAGGAGAAGUGUCAGCAACCAGCUGCUGAGCUGCUGAAGGAUGUAAAGGGCACACUGGCCAGGAGUGAGCAGGUGAGGCUGCAGGAACCAGAGCUCAUUGCUGCUGAACUGAAGGAUGCGUACAGAGUCCCUGGCAUGAUGGAAGUGCUGCGGGAAUUCACAGUGGAUGUGACUCUCGAUCCAGACACAGCUCAUCCCAACCUUGUCCUGUCUGAGGAUCGGAAACAUGUAAGAUUCGGAGACAUUCGGCAGGAUCUGCCUGACAAUCCUGAGAGAUAUGAUACUUACCCUGAACUUCUGGGCACUGAGGGAUUUAGAGGUGGGAGGCAUUACUGGGAGGUGGAGGUGGGAGAAAAAAUCCACUGGAUUCUGGGGGUUUGUAGGGAAUCUGGGAGCAGGAAGGGGCAGAUCACAGCAUCACCUGGGAAUGGAUACUGGACAGUGUCUCUGAGGAAUGAUGUCUAUGAGGCCCUCACCUCCGCCUCCACCUCUAUCCCCAUAAGAACUAGGCCCAGCCACGUGGGGAUUUUCCUGGACUGUGAGGCAGGUGAGGUCUCAUUUUACAAUGUGACUGACAAGUCCCAUCUCUUCACUUUCACUGACACGUUCUCCGGGAUGCUCCGCCCUUAUUUCUUCACUGGUUACAAUGCUGGGGGUAAAAACACAGCUCCCUUGAUAAUCUGCCCAGUUCCAGCUCAGGCCAGAAGGAAUCUCUGUCCCUGA